AUGACCAGGAAAUUAUCUACGCAUGAGAUCUCCCAACAUGCUGGCUCCGAAGAUGCCUGGAUCGUGGUCAAUGGCAAAGUUUACGAUGUGACCAAAUUCGCACCAGAACACCCUGGAGGGGCAGAGAUUAUCUACCGAUUUGCCGGUCGGGAUGCAUCAAACCCGUACAAUAGUACCCACUCGCCAUCUUUGAUCAAGGAGCUUGACGACCGUGUUAUUGGUGAGCUGGACACCAGCACCAUCACAGAGGAAUGGAGCAAAGAGGGGCAGGAGCCAACAAAAUCAGUCAACUCGGCAAGUGUGGCAUACCAAAGGCCCGAUCUUGAAGAUAUCAUAAAUCUAGACGACUUCGAACAUGUCGCCAUGAACACGCUCAGUCCUAAAUCGUGGGCUUACAACAGCGGAGCGGCAAAUGACAACUUUACACGAGAUGCGAACCGCUCCUUUUUCAGACACAUCUGGUUCCGCCCAGCUAUUAUGCGCAACGUAUCAACUGUCAAUCUCAAAUCUACCUUGUUUGGAUGUGAUCUCGACAUCCCCAUCUACAUCUCACCCGUCGGCGCUGCAAAGACGGUAUUCGAAGAGGGCGAAUUAGCACUUACCCGGGGUGCCGCCAACUCUGGUAUCCCAUAUUGUCUCUCUACCAUGAGCUCGUAUUCUUUGUCGGAGAUUCUCGAUGUAACCUCGAAACCAGUGUUCUACCAGCUCUACAUCAACAAGGACCGACCCAAAACGGAAGCGCUCGUUCGCAUAGCCCAGGAGUCAGGCAAGGUUAAGGCACUCUUUGUGACUGCUGAUUUACCAGUCAUGUCGAAGCGAGAGGCAGACGAGCGAAUCAAGCCAGAGGGAAAUGCUGUUCUCAUCAAAGUGACCCAAGGCAGCAAGCAUAUCGGAAAGAAGAGCGCAGGACUGGCAAAGUCUAACAGUUCUAUGAUCGACUCUAGCUUGAACUGGAAUGAUCUCAAAUGGCUGCGAAGUAUUACUAAUCUUCCGAUUCUCGUCAAGGGUGUGCAGCGUGCCGAGGAUGCACUUAUGGCGGCGCAAGUUGGAUUUGAUGGAAUCGUGAUAAGCAACCAUGGAGGUCGGGCGGCCGAUACUGCGCCCCCGGCUAUACUUAUUCUUCUGGAGAUCCACCGUUACUGCCCAGAAGUAUUCGGUAAGAUGAAGGUCUUGGUGGAUGGAGGGUUCCGCCGUGGUUCGGAUGUCGUGAAGGCUAUUUGUCUUGGUGCCUCGGCCGUGGGUCUUGGAAGGCCAUUCCAAUAUGCUCUGGGCUAUGGACAGGAGGGGGUGGAGCAUGCGGUUGAAUUACUCAAAGAGGAAAUACAGACAUCCACGCAGCUGCUGGGUAUGACGGAUUUGAUGCGGGAUGCUUGUCCAAAGUACCUGAACACGGCAGGAGUGGAACACUUGUUGCCACCGAACUACCCAUCUCAACAGAAGGGUUUCCUUCGGCGUCUCAUCAAGUUGUAA